AUGAAAUGUAAAAAGAAGGGAAAGGGAGGGUGUAAGAGACUGGGAUCUAUGAAAUGUAAAAAGAAGGGAAAGGGAGGGUGUAAGAGACUGGGAUCUAUGAAUAUAAAAAGAAGGGAAAGGGAGGGUAAAAAGAAGGGAAAGGGGGGGUGUAAGAGACUGGGAUAUAUGAAAUGUAAAAAGAAGGGAAAGGGAGGGUGUAAGAGACUGGGAUCUAUGAAAUGUAAAAAGAAGGGAAAGGGAGGGUGUAAGAGACUGGGAUCUAUGAAAUGUAAAAAGAAGGGAAAGGGAGGGUGUAAGAGACUGGGAUCUAUGAAAUGUAAAAAGAAGGGAAAGGGAGGGUGUAAGAGUGUCACUGUCAAAUAA